GUGUUCGUAGUUCGUAAUCCACAGUUUAAUUAUUUAUUCCACACAUUACUCACUUUUUCACUCUGUGUAAAAAGGGAAUGCCGGAGGCCCUCAAAAGCCCUAGAUUUUCACAUUUAUAGUGAUUACGAGCCUCUCAAGUGAUAUUUGAGACAACUAAACCAGCCAAAUGGCGCUAAACCCACAGUACGAUGCAAUUGGAAAGGGUUUCGUACAGCAAUACUACAUACUGUUUGAUGAUCCGGCACAGCGAGCGAAUCUGGCUAAUAUGUACAAUGUUGAAACUUCAUUUAUGACUUUUGAGGGUGUCCAACUACAAGGUGCUGUUAAAAUAAUGGAAAAACUCAAUAGUCUGACAUUUCAAAAGAUUGGUAGGCUAAUAACUUCAGUCGAUUCACAACCCAUGUUCGAUGGUGGAGUUCUAAUCAAUGUGCUUGGUAGACUGCAGUGUGACGAUGACCCUCCACACCCGUACAUACAGACAUUCGUAUUGAAACCACUCGGAGAUUCUUUCUUUGUUCAGCACGACAUAUUCCGCCUCGGUAUCCACGACGUCGCUUAAUUUAUACCUAAUAUCUUAUGUAUUAUAUCGCGAACAAAAUUCAUGGGUUACAUACGAUUUCAAUCAUCAUUAAUUAUUGUAAGUACCUAAUAUUGCAAAUUGUUUUGGUUAUCUAGGUAUAAGCUAGCAUCAUUGUCACAGCUCACUAAAAUUCAACUUGUAAAUUGUUUUGAACUAAAAAAUAUUACCGCAAUACACGAUGUUUCGGCUUAGAUGGAUUGUCGAUGGCUUAAGUCAAUGUAAAGGCAUUUUUUUUCAGUUACAUGUAUACAUUUUAUAAUAAACACAUUAUUUUCUA